GAAUGAGAAACAAUUGGACCCACGAGUGCUAAAGCCCCCAGUUCAAGGCUUCAAUCCCAACUUGGAAAUACUCGCCUUUCUUUACAAACUGUCAUCCAGGGAGAGUUUCCAUCAACGUAGCGCCCGGCCCUCCACUAUCCGGCUCCGGCCCCACCAUAUUGGUUUACGUUCGACUGAUGUCGCGAUUUAAAUCGGUCUACACUAGAUCCGAUAGAGCCGGGGCUGGAUUUAUAAUGCAGUUUGUAUUCACCCUCAAUGGGAAGGUACUGAGGGAGAUUCUUGAGCUCCACGGAAAUAUCCAUAGUCUCCGUGGACACUUAUUGGAACCCAGGACUUCUCAGAUCUUUAAGGUCGUAGAAAAGACUCAACAAUUUCAGCAAGAAAAGGAGACUUCCUUCACUCCCCAGGUCAAGAUGUCGAGAAACAAGGCUGCUUGGCUUACACACGCAAAGACUUACCCGAUGAGGGUCGACGAUGCUCCAUCCCCAAAGGUCGGGUUAGGAGAGGUGGUCAUCAGGAAUGUAGCGACGGCUCUGGUGAGUGACAUUUUCAGCUAGAAUUUCCAAGACCGCGACUUUUCCUCUUACACUUGAGAAGAAUCCCGCAGAAUGGAAGAUCCAGUAGGUGCGCUCCGUGCUCAUGGAGAGAAGGCACCACUGACAUGACCCAGGGAUAUGGGCAUCAUUGUGCAGACGUAUCCUACUAUACU